AUGCAUUACUUGAAUCGCAAAUUUAAAAAAAUUCAACCACAACUUGUUGCAACCACAACUAGCUACAACCAAAACUUGCCACAACCACAACUAGCUACAACCACAACUUGCUACAAUCACAACUUGCUACAACCACAACAUACUACAACCACAACUUGCUACAAACACAACCGGCUACAACCACAAUUUGCCACAACUACAACUUAUCACAACUUGCCACAACCACAACCUGCUACAACCACAACUUACCACAAACGCCACAAGGAACCGCCGUAUUGCAGUGAAAAAGAUGGAAAUCUAGAAGGAUUCAUUCCGGAUCUGAUGAAAGCCAUAGAGGAAAAAACCCAGAUGUCAUUCCAUCUCAGUAAAGUGGAAGACGGCAAAUUCGGAUCGAAGAAUGACAGAGAUGCUUGGGAUGGAAUGAUUGGCAAAGUCAUCAGUUCUGACGCGUCGAUAGCAGCUGGACCGAUAACCGUGACGGAUGAACGGAAAGAGGCCGUUGAUUUCACGGUACCCUUCAUGUCGGUGGAUCUCUCUCUAAUCAUGCUGAAGCAAGAGGAUGGCGCCAAGAAGAUAUCUUCUGCUAAGGAUCUGCUUAAUCAGACCGAUUUAAAAAUUGGAGUUCUGAAGGACGGGUCGACGCAUUCCUUCUUCCGCCAAACCAAGGACACCACUUUCAUGAAAAUCUAUGAAGCCAUGAUUAAGGAUGAAACCAAUUUUGUCCCCAGCUAUCAAGCAGGUGUGGAGAAAAUCCACAAGACAACCACCUCUCCGAAAUACGCCAUGAUCAUCGAAUCAGCCACAGCCGACUACUACACAGUCCAGAAGCCGUGCGACCUGCUAAGCGUCAAGAUCAUUAACGACACUCGUAACUACGCUCUAGCUGUGGCUAAAAACUGGCCGCAAAAAGAGCAGCUGAACAAAUCAAUAGAAGAACUUAAGAAAGAUGGAAAGCUGAAGGAGCUGAAGACAAAAUGGUGGCCGAGCGCAUGUAACGGCGUCUCUAAAACAGGCGCUGUUGGUGGUGCUACAGUUUUUAUCACACUAGGAGCUAUAUUUUUGAGUUUGAUGAAAAGUUUUUAA